UCCCUCUUGUUGUUCCUACUCUCCCUACCCAAGUUUGCAGCUCAUUCUCUCUCUUCUCUUUUCCCAUCUUCUAUUCCUCUUGGAUUGUGCUAGGGUUAGUGUUUUCUUCAUCCCCAAUUUUCAUUCCCAACCUUUGAUUCGAUCCGGUUCACAGCGCGUGAAGCCCUACGCGCCUCCAUUCUUCAUUGGGGGACAUGGGAGGUGACAGUGCCGCAGAAAGGUCUACGGAUUCAAAGGUCUCUGAACCCGUCAGCAUCAACAUUCGGUGUUCCAAUGGUUCCAAGUUCUCGGUUCAGAUUUGCCUCGAUUCCACCGUCGGAUCCUUCAAGGAAGUCAUUGCUGGCAGUUGCGAUAUCCCAGCUGGUCAGCAGCGCCUGAUUUACAAGGGUCGGAUCCUGAAGGAUGAUCAGACCCUACGAAGCUAUGGCUUGGAGGCAGAUCACACCAUCCAUUUGGUUCGUGGCUUCACACCUUCCAAUACAGGUGGGGGCACAAAUACCAGUGGCACCAAUACCGCCACAACUAAUGCCAGAAGUACUGGUGCUGCUGAGGGUGGGGGCUUAGGAGGCCUUGGUCUUGGAGCUUCAUUGUUCCCUGGAUUAGGUUUGAAUGGGAUGGGUGGCAAUAACCUAUUUGGAGAGGGAUUUCCGGAUCUUGAGCAGAUGCAGCAACCAUUUAUUUCAAAUCCCAAUUUAAUGAGAGAAAUUAUGAACACACCUGCUAUGCAGAACCUAAUAAAUAAUCCUGAGAUUGUGCGGAAUCUUAUAAUGAGCAACCCGCAGAUGCAGGAGCUCAUGGAUCGGAAUCCCGAGUUAGCUCACAUACUUAAUGAUCCAAGCACCCUCCGCCAGACACUUGAAGCUACAAGGAACCCUGAGAUCAUGCGUGAAAUGAUGAGAAAUACCGACAGAGCAAUGAGCAACAUUGAAGCAUCUCCUGAGGGAUUUAACAUGUUGAGGCGCAUGUAUGAAAAUGUUCAAGAACCAUUUUUAAAUGCUACUACGAUGGCUGGAAACACAGGAGGCAACAAUACACCACUUUCUGGGACUCAAGCCAGGGACCAAUCAACAAAUCCCUCAACUACUAGCUCCGAAGCAACUGCUGGUUCUCCAUUACCCAAUACUAACCCACUCCCCAAUCCUUGGUCCUCAACGGGAACUGGUGGUGCCCAAAAUAACAAUAGAAGGUCAACCCCUGCUGGUGGGGAUGCUAGGCCGCAGGCACCUACUGGCUUAGGAGGGCUUGGACUGCCGGAUCUUCAAGGCAUGCUGGGCGGCAAUGCUAUGCCAGAUCCUGCUUUAAUGGCCCAGUUAAUGCAAAAUCCAGCUAUCUCAAAUAUGAUGCAAAGUAUGCUUUCCAACCCACAAACUUUGAAUCAGAUGCUUGGAGCUAAUGCUGAUCAGCGUGGCAUGCCUGAUUUGAAUUCUCUUAGAGAAGUGAUGCAAAAUCCAGAGUUCCUUCGCUUAUUUUCUUCACCUGAGACACUGCAGCAACUCAUGUCUUUUCAGCAAGCUCUUCUGUCUCAGCUUGGUCAACAACAGCCACGGGAAUCAGGUCAAACUGGCGGAGGCACUGGUCCUUUGAACAACUUGGCAGGUUUGGAGUUGUUAUCAAGCAUGUUCGGUGGACUUGGAACUGGUAGCCUAGCUGUUCCAAAUAGAUCAAAUGAGCCGCCCGAGCAGUUGUAUGCAACCCAGCUUUCUCAGCUUCAAGAAAUGGGAUUCUUCGACACGCAAGAGAACAUAAGGGCCCUUAUUGCCACAUCCGGUAAUGUUCAUGCAGCAGUUGAACGACUUCUAGGAAACCCUGGUCAGUAGCAGGCAAUGUCAACGAAGUCUAAUUCCAAAGGUCGGUCUCUUCUAUAGAUUUCUGAGGUUGGUCGCUUCGACAAUCGGUUGUGUUCAGGUGCCUUGUUGGGUGUUUAAAUAAAAUCAGAAAUCUAUCCCAAUUUCGCAGUCAGAGCUGAAAUGGUGUAGGAUACAUACAUUGGAUUGUAAUUUCUACUCUCAAUCCCCCUUUCGAGUUCUGAUGAUGAUGGUCCUCUUUUCUUGGUGUACAUACUUAAAAUUAAACUCUAGAUUUUAGACUCAGCAACAAGACCUCAAAAAGUGUUUUCAACUGAAUCGAUUUUUAUACUAUUCAUUUGUAUUAUUAAUACUUUAAUAACUCUCUAAAUUACAUGCUUUGGCAGGUGGAAUGGUAUUGUGAUGAGACUGGCAGUUAAAUCCCAACUGCUAGAAUGUCAUGUGAA